AUUGGUAGGGUAAAAUAGGAGACAGGGGUCACCUUGGAGCGGAUAUCUUGAAAUAUUUCAGUAUUUUGAUUUUGAGUUUGUUUUUGGGAGGAAAUUAAAAAUUAUUCGGUGGUUCUUUAUUGUUCAUUAGGCCAAAAUGACAGAAAGAGCUGGAUCAAAAUUUAUAGAACGGGGUGCCCAUAAAGGCAAGGGUAUCGCCGUUUUUACAAGUGGUGGUGACUCCCAGGGUAUGAACGCAGCUGUCAGAGCUGUGGUUCGUAUGGGAAUAUAUCUUGGCUGCAAGGUAUUCUUUAUUCGUGAAGGAUAUCAGGGUAUGGUUGAUGGGGGUGAAAACAUAAUAGAAGCAAAUUGGUCAUCUGUUAGCUGUAUCAUUCACAAAGGUGGUACUAUUAUUGGAUCAGCCCGUUGUGCUGAUUUCAGAGAAAAGGAAGGUCGCCUCAAGGCUGCUAAAAAUCUGGUGCAGAAAGGAAUAACAAAUCUGGUUGUUAUUGGAGGUGACGGUAGUCUUACAGGAGCAGAUUUAUUUCGACAGGAAUGGGGUAGUCUGCUUGACGAACUCCUUGGAAGAAAUGAAAUAACUGCUGAACAGCGAGAAAAAUACAAGGUCUUGCAAAUUGCCGGGCUUGUUGGAUCUAUUGAUAAUGAUUUUUGCGGUACAGAUAUGACCAUUGGUACAGACAGCGCUUUACACAGAAUUAUUGAAGCAGUAGAUGCCAUUGUGAGUACAGCUUACUCUCAUCAACGUACAUUCAUCAUGGAAGUUAUGGGCAGACAUUGCGGUUAUUUAGCCUUAGUAGCGGCGUUGACUAGCGAAGCAGAUUAUGUGUUCAUUCCAGAAGAUCCUGCUGAUGUAAAUUGGCCUGAGGUUCUUUGCGAUAAGCUAGUGCAGGAACGAAGCGUCGGACAACGUUUGAACAUCAUCAUCGUUUCCGAGGGUGCGAUUGACCGAAAUGGAAAACCGAUAACUGCAGAACUCAUAAAAAAAGUUGUUGUCGAGAACUUGAAUCAAGACACCAGAAUCACUGUUCUCGGUCAUGUUCAACGUGGUGGAAAUCCCUCUGCUUUUGAUAGAGUCUUGGGAUGUAGGAUGGGUGCUGAAGCUGUUAUGGCCUUGAUGGAAGCAAAUGAACAUACUAAGCCUUGUGUCAUAUCUUUGGAAGGUAAUCAAGCUGUUCGACUGCCACUCAUGGAAUGUGUUCAGCAAACUAAGGCUGUGGCUCAGGCUAUGGAAGACAAAAAUUGGGAGUUAGCUGUCACACUACGAGGCAAAUCAUUCAAGAGAAACUUAGAUACGUAUAAGCUACUGACGCGUCUCAAACCCCCAAAAGACGCUUUUGACGAUAGAGGCCAUGGAAAAGAAGGGUAUACUUUUGCGGUAAUGCACAUUGGAGCUCCGGCAUGUGGUAUGAAUGCUGCAGUACGUUCCUUUGUUCGUAACUCCAUUUUCCGUGGAGACAGCGUGCUGGGAAUACAUGAUGGCAUAGAAGGACUCAUAGCAGGAAAUAUCAAAAAUAUGGGAUGGUCGGAUGUGACUGGUUGGGUAAGUCAUGGUGGUGCUUACCUGGGUACCAAAAGAACACUUCCCGGCAAUCGAUUGGGUUUAAUUGCCUCUAGGCUUCAAGAGUUCAAAAUCCAAGGUCUUGUUAUUAUAGGCGGUUUUGAGGCUUACCAAGCUGCUCUCCAGCUAUCCGAGAACCGCGAUGAUUAUGAAGCUUUCUGUAUACCUAUGAUGGUCAUUCCCAGCACUAUAAGUAAUAAUGUUCCUGGCACUGAAUUUUCUUUGGGAUGUGAUACAGCUCUGAAUGAGAUAACGGAAAUUUGUGACCGCAUCAGACAAUCCGCACAAGGAACAAAAAGGCGUGUCUUCAUUAUCGAGACUAUGGGAGGAUAUUGUGGUUAUCUAGCGACAGUGGCAGGCCUGGCGGGGGGUGCUGACGCAGCCUAUAUCCACGAAGAGAAGUUUACCAUCAAAGACCUGCAACAGGACGUUUAUCACAUGGCCACCAAAAUGUCGGAAGGUGUUCAAAGAGGAUUAAUUCUCCGCAAUGAAAAAGCUUCCGAGAAUUAUAAUACAGAUUUCAUUUACCGACUUUACUCCGAAGAGGGGAAAGGAUUAUUCAGUGCUAGGAUGAAUGUUUUAGGUUUUCAGUCUUCUCAAAGACGAGAAACUGCGUUCUGCCAGAGCGACAGAUACUGGAAACGUGUUCCAACUGAUCAGUGGUGGUUGAAGCUGCGCCCUCUCUUGAGAAUUCUCGCCAAACACGAUUCUACCUAUGAGGAAGAAGGCAUGUAUAUGACAGUUGAGGAUCGUGCCUUCGGGGACUCUCUCUAUGGUUGA